UUUGUUUGUAUCACUACAUUCUUCUAGCGCCCUAGUCAGUCUUGACCUCCAUUUGUGAUGAAUGCGUCGGACUUGUCGAUUAUAGGCUGUCGCGUCAGUAUAAUAUCUAAGGCUAAGAUAAGAUAUGAAGGAAACCUUCACUCUAUAGAUUUUGACACGCCCAACGAACCUGUUAUUACUCUUUCAAAGGUUUGGUCUUUUGGCACUGAGGACCGCCCUUGUGAGCGACCAGUUGCUCCUCGGAAUGAAGAGUAUAAUCAGGUGGUGUUUCGUGGCCGGGAUCUAGACGAUGUACGUGUCGUGCAAUCUUCUGUAUUUUUAAAUGAAGACUCUGCAAUCGUUAGUGCAGCACCUGGGUCUGCUUUGUCCCACCCUCCUGGACUCCCAGUUAAUGAAAGUAGAGGUCGCUUGGGUGGGUUUUCACUUUGUUACUCUAUUCCUUGCAGAUCUUAAUCCUAGUCGUGUUUCUACUGGAUGCUCAGAAUUGUCUCCCAUACCAGCAUCUCAAUCUGUCUCACUUGAUAGCCUAAAUCAGAAUACCUACCCAAACAAUUCUUCGUACCAGAUGCCUGCAGUUGGUUGUCGGCCGGCUCCUAUAGGGACCGUUCAUGCUGAUAGCCCCCAGGUUUCUGAUACACGUGGCCAAAGACCAUUUGGGGAUAUGCGUAGCGACAUAGACCCAGGGAUUUUCAGCACAUCUGGAAGAGGAGGUACAAGUUCUAGGGAUGUUCAAGAGUCUGUACUAGGUCCUUCUAGACAUCGUGCCGUCCUAGGAUCUGGUGUGCAUAACGACUACCCACAGUCAUGGGUUAACCGAGAUCAAGGGGUUAGAAAGGGUGACACUCACAAAAAUACACCUAAUUAUUAUCAGGGGAAUGAUUACUCAAGAGAUAGACGCGGAGGAUAUAGUCAACAAUGGUCAGCAAACCAUCGUGGCUCCAGGGGUUCUGGGCAUACUUACGGUGGUUGGGGUGGUCGGUCAGCGGGUGGUCAUGAUUGGCCUAAAUUCAGGUCAAAUGCAUCUACAGUAAAUGAGCACACCAACUUUUCGGUAGAAUAUGACUAUGAAAGAGCUAACGCAGAACUUGCAGCUGAGUUGGAAAAAAUAACGAUCAGUACUAAAACAGGUUCGUCAGGUACUUCCGUCGACAACGCGGAAAAUGAUGGUAGCAGCACAACUGAGGAUGAAAACACGUGCUAUGAUAAAUCCAAGUCGUUUUUCGAUACUAUUAGUUCCGAGAUGAUGGACCGCGCAAAUGGGCUGAGACUGGUAUUCUGAACUGGCUGGGCUAGGCGGAAAGCAGGACCAAUCAGGACUCUAGGCUGCUUGCACGUGUUUUACGCGUCCUUGGUCCGGUCGAUAAUUCGCUGCUUUUGAUUGGCGGCUUUGGGCUAUAACAAGCUUUGAGGUUUGGUUCACUUAACAUCCGAAACGUGAUCAUUUUUCCUUCCAAACACUUAAUUGUAUAUGUUCAUUCAUAAAGUAAAAUUUCUUAUAAGCUAGGUUUUCUGGAGUGGAGUAUUCUAAAUUUGUUAGUUUGUUAUAUUUAAUUUUCAAUUUUUAUACUUUGUUUAUCACUAGAGCGUUUUUGCCCUGUUUACAUGUUUAAUGUUAAGCUUAUCAUAGUCACAAAAUCAUAUACCGGUUAUGAUAAACUAGAUGGUUUCCGUUUGUUAGUACCUAUUAGUCUAUUAUUUGGUAUUUCUAGUUGAUUUUUGCCUACUGCUUGCUAAUCUAACGAAAUCGUGCUUUAUUCAGCCUAAAUCCUCAAGGAAUGAACAGACGGGACGAAAGACUCCUCAAUUCAGCAACUUUUGGUACUGUUCCACAGCAGUAUCCCAGAAGAACAGGAUAUCACAAUCAACGUUCUUUUGGAUAUAGCCAAAAAAGAGGGAGUAAUUCAUCUAGUGGUAACUUCUGGCGAUCUAGUGGUACUGGAACCAAUAAGUCCCUAUUCUCCAAUUCAUCACACGCACCUCUUCCAACAUCUGGACGAGCUGGUUGAUAUGGGCCUUGUACAUUUUACUGCAAAUAAUUACUUCAAUACGAAACUCCUUGAUACAAAAUGAUCGACCGAUAUUCAAACUUAUCUCGGUCUUUACAGAUGACUUACUAACUCAUGUUUCUAUGGGACUAAUUUAAUUAUUUUUGAUUGAUAAAAUGCAUACUGUAAAACCAGUUAGUGCUUCUGUUGGUAUAAUACUGUUCGAAAUAGAACUGUUUUGUGUUUAAACACGGUUGCAUUUAUUGUUUGUUGUAAUUGCUUUUCGGUCUGACUGUUGGUUUAGUUCGAGCAGUUUACAUUUUCUGAAAUAUAAUCAUGUAAAUACCUGUUUUACAAAUAUAUUUGAAAUAACCAAUUCAGUGAUCA